CUUCCCACCACUAUUUUAUUUAUUUAUUUAUUUGCUCCGCGGAAAGAAUUCAUUAGCCAUCGCCAUGGUCAAAACAAGAGUGCUGCUCGACCAAACUGUCCUUUUUGCUGCUCUUCACACAUAAGUCGCCUCCUUUUAUCCUGUUGAAUCGCCUGCGGCAUCAAAAACGGAAAACCCAAUCGAAUUCAAGGGUUGUUGGUGAUCUCAGUAGAGAGAUGUCUCUGAUUGGAAGAGUACACCCCGAAUGUGUAAACGUAGCCAAUCCCUACCAUGAAUGCACUGAAAAUUGCUUGAGAAAGAUUGCUGAAGGGAAGGGCCGGAAGUUGACGAAAAAGAAAUCAGAUUUUGGCAGCAGCUUUAAAGAUGUUGAGUACAAAAAAAAGGGGGCUGAGGACAAAAGAGCAUCUAAUCCUUACCAUGACCCUGAAUUCUACCGCCAAAGAGCCGCUGCUGCCGAACCUCGUGGGGACAAAAAAGAAUCAGGUUCACUGCUUGAUAUUCCUAUAUUGGGCAGAAAAAAGGAGAGAUCCCGACCAAACACCUCUCAGGAGCUUGACCGAAGUGUGAUUUAUCAUUUAGAUGCUCCAUCUUCUCCGUCUAAGGAAAAGGUGAAAUUAGAGAACGGCUCUGUCCUUGAUGAUCCUAUAUUUGGCAGAAGAAAGCAGGGAUCUCAGCCAAAGCCCUCUGAAGAGCUUGACAAUGUAACUGGUCGAGGUUUAAUUUAUCCCUCUGAUUCUCCAUCUAAAGAAAUAGUGCAAGUAGAGAAUGGCUCCGCACUUGAUGAUCCUAUAUUUGGCAGACGAAGGCCUGGUUCCAGACCAAAGAGCCCUGAAGAGCUUGACAAUGUACCUGAUGAAAUUAAGGAAAAGGUUAAAAUAGGGAAUGGUGAGCAUAAAUCUUAUUCUCCACAGGCUGCUGAAGUAAAAGAUGCUACCUUCAACAAGGAGCAAGUUCCGUCCUCUCUGUUAGUGCCACCAUCGGGAAUUCUCACAAUGCCUGAAAAUCCCAAACACCCUCGAGAGAACGGUGCUACUUACAUCGCUAGUGAACCACCAGGUUAUGGGGAAGACAAAGAAAAUAUUCAUUCCCCAGGAGUUGAUUCAAAUCAUACUGUCAACAAUGUAGAAGGCGCUACCGGAUCAGCUUACGACUCAGGCCUUAGUUUCUCGGGUACUCUCCAUGCUUUUGAAGAUAGUGAUGAUGAAGAUACACGAUCGGUUAAUUCUGAGUCCAGUGUCUCUGUGGGAAAAUACCGUGUGAAAGGAAGUUUCUCUUCCAUUCUCCAGUCAAUCAUGGAAAAAUAUGGUGACAUAGCCUCAAGCUGUCAAUUGGAAUCAGUUGUCAUGCGCUCUUACUAUCUCGAGUGCGUAUGUUAUAUAGUCCAAGAGUUGAAGCGAACUUCGGUUAAGCAGCUGACAAAGCCUAAAGUCAAAGAAAUGUUAUCUAUGCUUAAGGAUGUAGAAUCUUCGGGAAUGGAUGUUGGUUGGCUCCGGUUUCUGAUCAACGAGUGUGCAGAAGCCAUUGAACUCAUCACUCAGCAUCGAGCAUUCAAAGCAGCAAAGGCAAACUGCGACCGUGAUAUAGAAUCAGCAAGGAAAGAACUUGAAUCGCAAAUGGAGGUUCUGGCGCUGAAAGAAAAGGAGGUUGCCGAUGCCAAGAAGCAAGUCGCUGAAACGAGAGCCCACCUGAGGGAGCUCGAGCUUAAAUCUUCUGUCUUGACCGAGAGUAUUAGUAACAUGAAGUCCAAGGUCGAAAAUCUUCCAAGCAAACCUUUGUUGGACAAAGUCUUGUGAAGCAAGCAACUGCAAAAGCUGUAAAACCUGUAGUAUGGGUAAUGUAUAAAAUGUUCUGAAGGGUGAAACUGUAAUCUGGUACAUCCUUUUUAUACUUGUAGCUGUGAAGUAAAUGUAGGUUAUAUCGUGUCGGUUUCGCUAUUUGGUAGUUGUACUAAAAAUUACUUGAGGUUUCUGGGAUUGUAGAACCCUACCGACAUGGUGAUUUGAGAAUCAUGUCACUUUAAUAUUUUGAGCUAUUAUUUUUUUUUUUUAAAA